UGUCAAAACUUGGUCGCGAAGAAAAUCAAAAGCACAGUGGCGAUUCAGUCGAAAAUAUUUUUCUGCGCUAAUUUCCAGUUUUGUCGCCAGAAACAUCCGUAAAACAAUCCUUCCGGGCGCUAGCUUUGUGCCCCGUGACCGCAGGCACCGUAGUGUAGUGUUUUGGUGUAUGAACUUCCGGCGCUAGGCGGCCGAAAUCGAAAAGUGUUUUACGACGUUGAUUCUGGGCAGAACAGGAAAACUCGAAACUCGGGAGUGAUGGCAGGAGCGCCAGCAAAGUCUGACAUCGAUGCAAUUUUCAACAGAUUACGCUCGAUACCAACCAAUAAGAGUUGUUUCGAUUGCGGAGCGAAAAAUCCCACCUGGUCCUCGGUGACGUAUGGGGUAUUCAUAUGUAUCGAUUGCUCGGCAGUGCAUCGGAGUUUGGGCGUGCAUUUGACCUUCGUGCGGUCCACCAAUCUGGACACCAACUGGACGUGGAUGCAGAUCCGCCAGAUGCAAGUCGGAGGCAAUGCCAAAGCGGCUCAGUUCUUCCGCCAGCACAAUUGCAACACAACCGAUGCACAGCAAAAGUACAAUUCACGUGCCGCGCAGCUGUAUAAGGACAAGUUGACCCAUUUGGCGCAGCAGUCGUUGCAGUUGCAUGGGACGACGCUCCACAUCGAUCAUCCCCACGAACAUCACGCCGAGAGCAACAAGCAGGAAGAGGUCGACUUUUUCGCCGAUUGUGCUAACUUCGAGGCCACUACGGACAGCCACAAUAACAACCAACAGGACGCUGUGCAGGAAGACAUUCCAAAGCUUGCCUCGUUGAGCAAUGCAACAUCCGAUAGUUCUGGGAACAUGCAGGGUCCUAGCGUUGACUUCCUAAACUCUACGGUUCCAGUGGAGCCACCGAAGUCGACGAUCGGGGUGAGGAAAAUUCAGCCCAAGAAGGCAGGUCUUGGUGGUAAAAAAGGUGGCCUGGGAGCGACUCGUGUCAAGGCAAACUUUGCCGAAAUCGAAGAGAAGGCCAAUCUAGCUGAUAAGCUUAAGAUGACCCCAUUAGCGGUUCAAGAGAAACCGGUCAGUGAAGAGGAGCAAGCACAGGCUCUUGCAAGCGUUCGCUUGGCAUACCAGGACCUUUCUAUUAAACAGCAUAAGGAGGAAGAGAAGUUAAAAGCCACCGAUCCCAACAAGGCCAAACAGAUCGAGCGUCUCGGAAUGGGAAUCGGUUCUCGAAGCGGAGUGUCACAUUCGGCCAUUUCGGACAUGAAAACCCUCAGCCAGGAUUCGAGCAGCAAGAGUGGUGGAUCCUCGUUGUCGAAGACUUUCGAGUCUAACAAUGAUUUUUUCGAUGAUUAUGGAACGUCAAUGUAUGGCAGUGGCAGUGGAAAUGGCAGCAGUAACGGCAACAAAAAUUCAACGUCCAUGAAAGACUACAGCGAUGCCACGUUGAUGGGCUUCGAAACCAUCGAACCGUUCGACACCAAGCAUAGCAUUCAGACAAUGUUCUCGCCUACGUCCAGUACGAAAAAUACGAGCAUAAGUGAUCAACCAACUUAUAGCAGGAACACAACCAAGAAGUCACCGUCUAGUGCAAGCAACGACUUCGAAUCUACCGACGUGGCACAGAAGAAGUUUGGCACAGCAAAGGGUAUCUCGUCGCAGCAGUUCUUCGGGGAUGAAGCUUCGUCGUACGAACGAUCGGCAAAUCUAGCGAAAUUCCAAGGCUCCAACAGUAUUUCGUCGGCGGAUUAUUUCGGCCAUGGUAGUCCCAGUGGUGGCGGAGGUCGAGGGCCAAACCUGCAAUACAACGGACCAGAUUUGGAUGACGUCAAAGAAAGCGUGCGGCAGGGUGUGACCAGGGUUGCCGGACGGUUAAGCACUCUAGCAAACGACAUGAUGUCAUCCAUUCAGGACAAAUAUGGUUAUUAGAAUAAAGUUUAAAGCUAGGUAUGUAUUUUGAUUAAUUUGCCAAGCCUAUUUUUCCAUAGUUUAUUGUCACUUGAGGGGUAAAUAAUUUAAAUUUAUUAUUUUUAUCUGUGUUGCACUAUUGAACGAUUCAGUUCAAACAAUUUUUUAUCAGAACUUCCGUUCUCUUCCGUUCGACUUUUCGAUAACUUUGUUUCCAAAAUAUUCUGUAUUUUAAGUGAUGGCAGAUACAAAUAGAUUCUACUAUAAGGCAGUUAUUGUACAGGUGACAUAAUAAACGUUAUUAUUACAUGAAUGUGAAGCUCAUUUUUGUGAAGACAUUAGCCUGAUAUUUGUAAGAGUCCGUGAAUAUUGCGUAGACAAGAGUACCAUAGGAAGCCUUCUACUUACCCUCUGAUAGCGUUCUUUUAGGAAAUACCUGACCGACAGCAAACCUACAAUCAUGCAGCGGAAGAAGUUGAAGUUGUUUAUUCAACACGUUAUUCUAGAAGAAAAUCCCGAAUCAAUAAAAACUAUUCCUCUGAAAAAAUCCAUAGAAAAUGUAUAUUGCUAAUGGAAGUAUAACUAGACACUUGUUAAAUACACGUAUGUUAGCGGAGAAACGGAAAUAGUAAAUGGAUAACAUUUCAGCCAACGUAAAAUGAAUGUCAUCCUAAAUAAAUGCAUAUUACCGAUCGGUCUUAUAAACACAUUUUUCGACGAUUACGACGAAAGGUACUCUGUAAUGUAAAUUGUAAUCCUUGAAAAAAAAAAGAAACGAAUAAAGUAUAUUCUUAUUAGUUAUAA